AUGAAGAAGAAAGGAGCGAAGAGAGAGAGCUCUGAAGGCAGUGAAGGUGCAAAGGGGAAAAUGACACUUUUGCUUGGCCUGGUAGCAUUGAUAUCUGCAUUUGGAUCUUCUUUCCAGUAUGGCUACAACGUGUCUGUGAUCAACUCUCCAGCCCCGUACAUGCAAGACUUUUACAACCAGACCUACUUCAACAGGGUGGGAGUGCCUAUGGACAGUGGCCUCCAGACACUGCUCUGGUCUCUCACUGUGUCCAUGUUCCCUCUGGGUGGCUUGUUUGGGUCCCUGAUGGUGUGGCCUCUGGUCAACAAUUGUGGCAGAAAGGGCACUUUGCUGAUAAAUAACCUCUUCUCCAUCGUUGCUGCAGUCCUUAUGGGAACCUCAGAGCUAGCAAAAACCUUUGAAGUAAUCAUCCUUUCCCGUGUUAUCAUGGGAAUAUAUGCUGGUCUGGCUUCCAAUGUGGUUCCCAUGUUCCUUGGAGAAAUGUCCCCCAAAAAUCUGAGAGGUGCUAUUGGGGUAGUCCCACAGCUCUUCAUCACCGUUGGGAUCCUUGUAGCUCAGAUCCUUGGUCUCAACAGCAUCCUCGGGAAUGCUGAAGGCUGGCCUGUGCUGCUGGGACUCACUGGGAUCCCAUCACUCAUUCAGCUCCUUAUAUUGCCCUUUUUCCCUGAGAGUCCCAGAUACCUGCUGAUACAAAAGGGCAAUGAGGAACAGGCAAGGAAAGCUCUGCAGAAGCUGAGAGGCUGUGAUGAUGUGGAUGAUGAGAUAGAAGAAAUGUACCAAGAAGACCGGUCAGAAAAGGAAGAAGGGCAGUUCUCUGUGCUCAGCUUGUGCACCUUCAGAGGCUUGAGGUGGCAGCUCAUCUCCAUCAUCGUCAUGAUGAUGGGCCAGCAGCUCUCUGGGGUUAAUGGGGUCUUCUACUAUGCAGACAGAAUCUUUGAGUCAGCAGGUGUGCCCAGCAACAGCAUUCAGUAUGUCACUGUGUCCAUAGGUGCCAUCAACGUCGUCAUGACUUCGCUUGCUGUUCUCAUUGUGGAAUCCUUGGGGAGGAGAAUCCUUCUCCUCACUGGCUUUGUGUUGUGUUGUGCUUCCUGUGCAGUGUUAACUUUGGCCCUCAAUCUCCAGCACACUAUCUCCUGGAUGUCCUACCUCAGCAUAGCUUGUGUCAUUAUUUACAUCACUGGACAUGCUAUUGGACCCAGUCCAAUUCCCUCUGUGAUGAUCUCCGAGUUGUUCCUGCAGUCAUCACGGCCUGCAGCCUUUAUGGUGGGUGGGUCUGUGCACUGGCUCAGCAACUUCACCGUGGGGCUUGUGUUCCUCUACAUGGAGGCUGGGCUGGGGCCCUACAGCUUCCUCAUCUUCGGUGCCAUCUGCCUUGCCACUAUGAUUUACAUAUUCAUUGUCGUCCCUGAGACUAAGAACAAAACCUUCAUGGAAAUCAACAGGAUCAUGGCCAAAAGGAACAAAGUGGAGAUUCAGGAAAACAAAGAUGAGCUGCAGGAUUUCCAGGAUGUCCCACAUGGGCAAGAAGAGAAGAAAAUGAUCUCCAGCAGUGAGCUGUGA